CUUCUUGUUAAACCCUCAACAGAACCCUUCCUCUCAUUUUUCUCGCCCCCUCUUUCACCGGACCGGUUCAUCAAGCUCUACUCCCCGCUAAUCCAAUUUCUGCUCUCCGUUGAUGUGUAUUUCUCUUCGUAGUACAUGUUCUUAGUUGAUUCCAGGCCUCGACAUGAAAGCUUUGAGGUUAAUUCAAACACUUGCUAAUCAUUCUUCAAAAACCCCUAAAAACUCCAAUCUUAAUCCCACCUUUCUCUCUCGAUUUUUCUCAUCUCAACCCCUACAAGAAACCCCAGCAUCCGAAAGCGAAGAAACUCACAUCACCGACACCAAUGGCUUCGGAUUCGACAGCAGUCAUUACGAAUUACCAAACGUGACACUAGGUUUGGGCUUAGAUGAGGCUAUUACUCCCGUCUCAAAUGCCGAAUCCACCUGGGACGAAAAGUAUCGGUGGAAAGUUAACAAAACUAUAUUCGGAGAAGAGCAUGAGAAAUUAGUGAAGGACAAGAAAGAGAAAUUAGUGAAGGAAAAGAAAAAGAAGAAGAGUAAGAAAGAGAGAAUGAUGGAGCAGGAAGAGAAAAGGCAUCGUGCUGCAAUUCUCUCCAAGGCUCUGCUUGAAGCUGCGGUGGCUCCAACCGAUGAAGACGAAGAUGAUGUUGAGGCGGUGAAGAUGGAAGAUCAGUUGUCUCUCUCGGUUGGGAUUAUCGGAGCUCCUAAUGCUGGAAAAUCCGCCCUCACCAAUUUCAUGGUUGGGACGAAGGUUGCUGCAGUUUCACGCAAGACAAACACAACUACACAUGAAGUAUUAGGUGUGAUGACGAAAGGAAAAACGCAAAUAUGUUUCUUUGAUACCCCUGGGUUGAUUAUGAGAACUAAUGGACUCCCAAAAUCCGACAUUAGAGUUCGAGUUGAAAGUGCAUUGAGUUCAGUUGAUCUUUAUGACAUGCUUGUUGUCAUAUUUGAUGUUCAUAGGCAUCUUACCAGGCCUGAUAAAAGAGUGGUGGGGCUUAUUAAACAAAUGGGUUCAGAAGUGAAUCCAAAACAAAAACGAAUCUUAUGCAUGAACAAAGUAGACUUGGUAGAGAAAAAGAAAGAUUUAUUGAAGGUUGCUGACCAGUUUAAAGAUCUUCCUGGAUAUGAAAAGUAUUUCAUGAUUUCUGGACUUAAGGGUUCUGGUGUCAAAGAUCUUGUACAAUAUUUGAUGGAACAGGCAGUUAAAAGACCAUGGGAUGAAGAUCCUCUGAUCAUGACACAAGAUGUCAUGAAGAACAUAUCACUAGAAGUUGUUAGAGAAAAAUUUCUAGACCAUAUACAUCAGGAAAUUCCAUAUGAUGUUGAACAUCGAUUAAUAGAUUGGAAGGAAUUGCGUGAUGGAUCUAUAAGGAUUGAGCAGCAUUUCAUCACUGACAAACUCAGUCAGAGGAAAAUUAUAGUUGGGAAGAAUGGUUCUAAAAUAGGGAGAAUAGGAGUAGAAGCCAACGAAGAGCUGAGAUCUAUAUUCAAACGAAAUGUCCAUCUUAUCCUUUUAGUCAGACUCAAAUGAACCCAUUGACAAUGAUGUUCCUUUCGUAUGUUGAAUAGUCAACAUAGCAGAAAGGUAUAGUUUUGUUAUAUGUAAAUGUAAAUUUAAUCUUUUUUUUUUUUUGAUAUUCACUCUUAUAAUGUUUCCUUUGGUAAUGUUUUGGUCA